AUGGUAUUUGGAGAUGAUUAUAAAGAAGCGAUUUUGAAAGACAUUGACGCUGACCAGCUACCCGUUUACUACGGCGGAUCCUGCACCAGUAAAGACGGUGACAUCAAAUGCAGUCAUGCCGUAAGUGACUUUAUUGCAUUUAAGAUUGGCUAUGGAGGAAUAAUACCGUCAGAAUUGCAUUAUAAAGACAUCUGUCGCCCAGACGAAUCAGAGUUGAAAACGAUGACAGUCAACCGAGGAGAAGACAAGCACAUCGAGCUUAAAGUGACCGAACAACAUUCCAGAAUAGCGUGGUACAUAAAGUGUACCGGUCUUCAAGACAUCGGAUGUGGAAUAUUCCUUAAGGAAGAUGAAUCACAAGUGUCUACAGAAGACAUGGAAAUGGUGACUCCUUACUUCAGGCUUUUGACUCAUUUUGUUCCAGAUCACGGCGAAUUUGAAGUGAAACGGCCAGGAACAUGUAAGUUCACAGUUAUCCUAAUGUCAUAA